GGGGCGGGGGCAGGGGGGCGCUCGGUACGCGCAGGGCGGCCGGAGCAGCAUGGCGGAAGACGAGAGCGACCAGGAGUCGGAGCGGCUCAGCGAGGAGCUGGAGGCCCUGGCGGCGCCGGGCCCGCCCGCCGGCCUGCCGGCCCUACUCCACAGCCAGUAUUACUGCCGCCGCUUCUGCCAGGUUGUUGAAGACUAUGCUGGAAGAUGGCAGGUUCCUCUGCCUCAGCUUCAGGUGCUUCAGACAGCUCUCUGUUGUUUCACAUCUGCCUGUGUAUCAUUCCCAGCUGAAUGUGAGCACGUACAAUACGUAUUGAGUAGCCUAGCUUUGAGUUUUUUUGAAUUGCUGCUGUUCUUUGGAAAGGAUGAGUUCUAUGAAGAUCCUUUGAAAGAUAUUUUAGGUUCAAUCCAGGAAUGUCAGAACCUUCUAAAUAAAUACAGAAAUAUAAACCUGGAAUUAGUGACUCGAAUAAUUCGAGAUGGUGGACCUUGGGAGGAUCCGGUAUUACAAGCAAUUCUUAAAGCAAAGCCUGUAUCACAGGAAUUAGUUAACAAAUAUUUAAGCUCUGAAAAUCCACUGUUCUUUGAACUACGUGCCAGAUACCUUAUUGCCUGUGAACGCAUCCCCGAGGCAAUGGCUCUUAUCAAAUCUUGCAUAAAUCAUCCAGAUAUCAGUAAAGAUCUGUAUUUCCAUCAAGCUCUUUUCACCUGUCUUUAUAUGUCACCAUUAGAAGAUCAGCUAUUCCAGGAGCACUUGUUGAGGACUGAUUGCAAGAGUGGAAUUGAGAUCAUCUGCAACACUGAAAAAGAAGGGAAGACUACCUUAGCCUUACAACUAUGUGAAUCGUUCCUAGUCCCACAGCUCCAAAAUGGGGACAUGUAUUGUAUAUGGGACCUGAUCUUCAUUUGGAGUAAACUGCAGCUUAAAUCUAACCCCUCAAAACAAGUAUUUGUUGACCAGUGCUACCAACUUUUAAGAAUUGCUACAAAUGUCAGAGUAAUUUUCCCUUUCAUGAAAGUCAUUAAGGAUGAAGUCGGUGAGGACGGUCUUCAGAUAUGUGUUGAGAUAUGUGGAUGUGCCCUACAGUUGGACCUCCGUGAAGAUCCCACUAUGAAAAGUCUUAUUUACAAAGCAAUUGCUCACUUUCUGCCAAAUGACUUGGAGAUCCUCAGAAUUUGUGCUCUUUCAAUCUUUUUUCUUGAGCGCACUUUGGAAUCUUACUACACAGUUGAACAUUUAUAUAAAUGUGCAGAUGAAGAAUAUAAUGAAUGCACUAGUUCCGUUCAAAACCGUGUACGUUUUGAAUUGCUUCCUAUUUUGAAAAAAGGUUUGUUUUUUGAUCCUGAGUUUUGGAAUUUCUUGAUGAUCAAGCAGAAUUGUUUAGCAUUAUUGGAGGAUAAAGCCUUUGCUGGCUUAAGUGAAACUACACUGGAAAACUCUACUGCAAAUGUAGAGAAGAUAACAGAGUAUAGGGCUAUGAGUGAGGAACAUGUCUGUUCAACAGAUGUAAGCAAUGGGGAGCUUGACCCCGAAGACCCCUCUGACGCCCAGUCCAAAGGUAAUGCCAAAAAGAACCAUGAAGCUCUUGAAGCAUCUAAAAUGUUAGAUAAUACUGUACCAAGACACCGCUGUGUGAUAUGCAACAAGGAAUUCUUUGGUGAUCACAUUGUGAAACAUGCACAAGCUCACCAGAAAAAGGGCAGUUUUUCCUGUGUACUUUGCAACAGAAAAUUCAGGCAAAAAGGACUUAUGCUAAAGCACUUAAGGAAUCACGUCAGAAAGAUAGAACGGCAACAUCUUGCUGCAGUUCUUGAGGCCAGUAAGCAGGCUCCGGUUUGUAAUGAACUAGAACGUUCUGAUGUUUGUCCCUCUCUUGAAAAUGGGGGUUCUGUUGGUUCUAAAGAGGACGAAAGAGAGAUUGCAAUAGUUCCAAGUGCAGACAUGGAACAGGAGAAGGCUGAACUGAAGGUAUUCAGUGCAGUGGAAAACCAUCUAAGUGACCAGGAUGAUGUUACUGAAAAUAGUAGCUGUGACAGCUGCUUUAAUAAUGCUCCUGAUGCUUUAAGUACAGAAAGCUUGCCUGAAGAUGAUGAGAACUCCAGUAAAGAGUCACCUAUUUUGCAUAAAGUGAAUGGAGCUUUUUCUCCUCAAAAAUAUAUAGAUGCUAUGGAUCAAGAAGGAAGCUUGAAGUGCCCUGCUAAUGGUUGUGCUAGAGUGUUUAAAAAGAUCCGAUUUCUCAAUAAACAUGCAAGAAAAGCUCAUCCGACUGAUUUGAAGGUUCAGCAACAUAUAAUGAAAUGGAAUAAAGGAAAAUGUCGGUUCUGUCAGCGAAAAUUUGCUGAUUCCCAACACUUUAUAGACCACCUGAAGAGACAUGUGUAUCCAAAUGUUUACUUUUGUUUACACUUCAAUUGUAAUCAGAGAUUUAAGCUGUCAACUGAGCUAGCAGAGCAUACAAAAAGUCAUAAUGUUUUUAAAGCUCAGUGCAAUUUUGCAGAGUGUUGUGAGCUAUUUGAGGAGCUCCCUUUGCUGUAUGAACACGAGGCUCAGCAUUACUUAAGUAAAGCAUCAGAAUGUUCAGAAGAUGCCAGUGAAAAGGAUUCUUCAGAUGACCCUUCAGAACUUGGUAGUUGCCAUGAUGAUGAUGAAUCUGUUAAUGAAAAAGAAACUGUAGAUCUACCGAUUCCAACGUGGAAGUCGAGGAAGGAUUCUACAGAACCAAAGACAUAUAUUCAAAGUAUUGAGAAGAAAGCAAAUAAUGUAAUGCAGAAUGGGAAUGAAAGUUCAUCUGAGGGCACUGCGACGGUUUUGAUAGACCAAAAGACACCUGUGUUACAGCCAAAUUCUGAAAACUGUAAUGUUAACGACCAACUAGUCAAUGGGCACAGUGACCCAAAUCAAACAUCAUCAAAGUCAUCAGAAACACCUUUGGACAGAGUGGUGGAUGAAACAAGGACAGAGAAUGGGUCGGUGUUACCCGUUUUACAGAAUUCUCACGAUACACCACAAAAUAACGCUGCUGCCUCGCAACUACCUUCUAAACCAAAUCAGACAACAGAAAACACUUCAUAUGGUGUCAUCUUAACAAAACCGUAUGUUAGACCCUUGCCUCCAAGUUACCUUGAUGAACGAUACAUUAGCAUGCCAAAACGUAGAAAAAUGUUGACUGAUAAAGUAGAUGCUCAUUCAGAACAAGAUAAAUGUUGUAGUAAAACAACAGAAAGAUUUAGAUGUGGCAACUGCUUGACCAUCUACUGUAAUUCAGAAGCACUUGAGGCUCAUCUUGCACAAAAGAAAUGUCAGACGCUCUUUGGAUUCGAUUCAGAUGAUGAAAGUGCCUGAUUCAACGUUGUGGGAAAGUGUAUCAAAUGAGGAGUGGUGUAAGAAAACACUACAUGAAGAAGCAGGAGUUUGUUUCCCAGUUGGCCUUAAAUCAUAAAGCAGUCUCAAAUUACUAAAGAAAACAUGACCUUGAUAAAGACAAAGCACAUUUUCUAGACAGAACUCGCAGAGGAGUAAUGGGAGCUCUGCAGCUUUUGAAUCCAGAAAGGUUGCUACAAAAUCCCCAAAGUACCAGUUAUCCAAAAAGCCACAUCCUUUCCAAAUGCGUGAUUGAAGCUUAGCAGCGCAGUCUUUCUAGCACAGAGGUCUAAGGAAAACAAUGCGUACAGCUGAGGAGGCAGAGAAAGCAGAGGCAUUAAUUGCCUUAUAGAAAUAAAAACAGCUGGUUCUGUAAGCUGCUUUAGUUAUGAAACGUGGUUAGAGGCUCUUCAUCCACUCAGCUUGGAAGAAGUCAUUCAAGAAUGUGUCACUUUAUGAUGAAAUGUAUAAGAAAUGUGUAGAGGAACUAAACAUUCUUUUUUCGAAGUUUGAGUAUGUGAUUCCAUUAUCAGCUAAAAAGUGUGGAGCUCAUUUAGUAACCUAGUACUUGGAAUCCAAAAAGAGUAAUGCAGAAAGAGAUUAAGGUGGAUGGAAAGCUCUAACAGCAAAAAGAAAGCCCAACCCUUGAAGUACAGAGCGCGCAAGCAAAAAGUGUGUUGGUGUGAUAUUACCUAAGUUCUGCAAAGUGGAAAUCAAAUGCAUGCAGGAGAAGGCCUUUACAAGUCUGUGGUUAAAAUACAUGUAGGGUGUCCCAUAAAACGUCUGUUUUACAUACAGGAAGGCUAAUACAAGCAGUAAGAGCACGAGUUGUGUGAAUAUUAACAGAAGCAGAACGAAACAAAUGCAGAGUGUGCAGAGGGGUAGACUUGCACUGCAGAGGAGAGUUUAAUUAGUUUUAUGCAAAUACAGGGAUCUUUCAGUUGUUGACGUGACUGAAGAGAACUUAAGAAGUUUUCCUGUUGUGUUUUUUUUUUUUUUUAAUUUUAUUUCUUUGUUUUAAAAAAGAAAUAAUGACAGAUGAAACCAGGGGAUGUGUGUCAAGUUAGGCAAAAGAUCAGGUAGAGCUUAUUUCACACGUGUGGUAUUACCUAAUGGUGGUAGGCCGCAACUCAAUAUCGUCAUAAAUUAUUUGCUGUCUAAAGGAAGGGAGAAAAUUGUGCAUCAGCUCAACCUUAGGAUACAGUACAACUGUAUCUAGCAGCAUCUCUUGAGAAGAUAGCCAUUCCCAGAAGUUAGUGAAGGAGCUAAGUUAACGUUAAGCACUUUAUCCAGCAACUGACAGUUCAUAAAAACAAUUGCAAAGUCUGUGAAGGUAAGAAUUUUGAGUCUGUCACCUGUCCAGUUCCCAAAGAAAGACAGGAUGUUUGGAAGCAUGAGUUGGACCGGAUGAUCUUUAUGGUUCCAUUCCAAAUCAGUUUAUUUGAUCUUAUGAAACCAAAAAGAUGCUGUUACAGUUUUUGAUCUCCACACCCCAGAGGUGUGGCAGACAUACACAUUGUCUAAUGAAUGUGUUAAUUUAUCCUCUAAUAACUGUCUUAAAAUAUCUUGCCAUAAAAGUUAUUUUUGAAGUCAUGUUCUGUGUUGUUACCUGAAAAUAUUUGUGUGAUGAUAAUCACAGAAAAUCCAGUGGUGAAAAAUGGUGUGUACAAAUGACACCAGCACAGAAACGUAGGACAGCGAAGACCAACUGUUCCUACUCAGCUAUCUUGCUUCCUGAAUAGUUCAUCACAACAUCUGUAUGACUUACUAAGAUGAUCAGCUUGCUUAAAAUGAGAUGCAUAAAAAUUAACAAGUAAAAGACCCAAGAGGUAAAUAAAAGAUUUGUUCAUUGUAGUAAUGGCUCACACGUGCAAAUUUAAGGGUUUCACUGUAAAAUAAGCUGUUAAAUAGUUCUGGAACUUAAUAGUUUCAGUAGUGCCUCUGCUAAUAAUCCUCUGUGAAGUUGCAGAUAUUUGCAUUAAUUCUGCUUCCUUCUUCCUUCCUGAGAGGUAAAAAGAACACAAAAUCAGAUUUUUUUCGUCAUUUUAGUGGUUUUGGGUUUUUUUUUUUUUGCCUUUCCUUUAAGUUGGUUUAACAUAAAAGGGUAUAAAAUUAUGAUCACAGAUAUGUGUACAUUACAUUGCUAUCAAUGGCUGGCCCACUUUGAGAGAUCUUUAUGACAUUUGAGGCACCAAAGAAUUUUUCUUUUUGCAUUUGCAAAAAAAGUGGUUUAAAUGUAUCAUUCAUAUAUAUUGCAUACACACGGUCUGUAUGAAUAUUUACAUAUAUAAAUACAUUAAAAAAUGUCAAACACGAGGGACUGUAUCAGCAAAAUGCACUUUCACUUCUCAUUUUUUUUUUCGCUUCAAGCUACCAACUACGAGUAAUUUUUAAGGACCCAGUUAGCAUCUUGAAUGUUCCCAGACUCCCCUUUCUUUGCUGAACAUCUGUUAAAUUUGCUGAAGUGUAUUUGGGUGGGGGGGGGGAAAGAAGAAAGCUAAUUUUAAACUAUUGCAGUUUUAAAAAUCUGGGAACUCAGUCAAUAGAUGUGGCAAAUGUUUGUGUAAAGUCCUUUAAGUGUACCUUUAAUCUUUGGUGCUUUUUACAUUUUCCUGGAGCUCCGUGUGUUUGAAUAUGCUUUAAAACCAUGACUGAAACUUGUAUUUUUUUCUUUUGGUUUAAAGUGUGUAGAUAAGUGCAUCUAUGUACGUGCAUAAACUGUGACCAUAAUUUUUUGUACCUGUAUUAAACUCAUUUUUGUUCAAAGAUGCUUUUCUUGGACACCACCAUUUGUUUAUACCACGUGUUAAGAAUAUUUACAUGAGAGAACUGGAAGACUGAAUUCUUACGUAGGUGAGCAUUAGCAAUCACCUAAUGCCUAUCAGAAAUAUCUUAAAUUGACUUUAAAUGGCAAGUGGGUGGUAAAAUUUUUUGUUUAAAGUCAAGAUUUUACUUCAGAAGACACUGUAUUUUCUUCAGACUGUUCUCUAAUACCUGUUGGUAUUCUCAGAUAGCUGCAGUAUUCAGUUAUGAGCAAAAAGAUCUUUUAACGUGUGUGGGAUAAUUCUACAUGCUUUCUUAGAAGUUUUUGGUAUGUCGAGUAUUAUCCUAUACUAAGCCUGCAACUUUUAGGGCUGAAAAGGGUUCUGAGUCUAGAAUUGAAAGGUUCGGUCCCAGGCAUUAAACGUAUAAUGGGAAAUAAUUCAUCAGGAUGUAUUGCUUUGAUUCAAGGAAUGCUGGAGUGCGUGUGUAAUGUAAGCAUGGACGUUUAUGAAAACUGCCUCAAGUUACACAUGAACGUGGGAGCUUUACUGGAUCAAAGUCUGUGCAUUUGAUUGCAGAUAAUCAGGUUUUAAUAAGGUUCCUUCAGGUGGCUUCAAUUUGGACUUAAAAUUUCAUCGUCAGAAACAAUAACCUGAUGGCGGUUCACUGUAAAGGUCGUGCAAGCUCCAAUUCUCAGAGAGUUGCCACUCGGUGGGCACCUUUCGCAAACAGUAUAAUUAUUGCAAGUGGUCAUAUCUGUGGGGGAAAGGUCACUGGUACUUUGGUUAUUUAGCCAUAUUCAUUGAAACUAUAUAAAUUGUAUAGUUUGGAUAAUUUAUAAUAUUAAACUCUGUGAUUUUUUUAAUAUCACGUUGAAGGUUCAGCUGUACUCAUUUCUUUUACCGUUUAACACCGGUGGUAUGGACAGAAGACUCAGAGGGGGUGGUAGUGUUACUAUUUUCUUAAUUUAUUUGGUACUGUAUAACACCUUUCUGAUUAAAUGCAGCGUAUGCAUUUUGGGACUCUGUUAAUUUGUAAAAGCUGUUACAGGUUCAGCAAGAAAGGAAAUUUGUGCUUCCUUGUUGAAUGUUAAAUUAUUUUACUUUGCAUUUUAUAUGAGAGUACAAAUUAAAACUGAGCCAUCAAACUGCAAUAAAUCAACAGUAGUGUUUCAUUUUAAAAACUUUUUUGUACUGUACAUAGAUUUGUUCAAUAAAACGUUGUCUUUGUUGUUGAUAGAAA